GUCUCGUUAGGAUACCGCAAAUCUUUCUCGUCAGUAACAUCACGCAUUAUUAACUGCAUUCUAACUUUCUCGUGUCCCACUGGCGCAUUAGAUAAUCGGCCUUGUUUUGCGUUGUAGGAUAUGGCGCGACAAUUUUUCACCCUAGCAUCGGCAGCGGAGGAGGGCGAGCUGACCGGGGACCUAGUGCUAUUAAUGAAGCGAUUAUGGCAGGACCCGGGAUUGCAACUCUGUUUCGCGCGUAGCAGGGAAUACCAGCUCAACGACUCGGCAGCCUACUACCUUAACGCACUUGACCGCAUAACGCAACAAAAUUACAUCCCAACGCAGCAGGAUGUUCUGCGAACGCGUGUCAAAACCACCGGAAUCGUGGAGACGCAUUUCUCUUUCAAGGGUCUACAUUUCAAAAUGUUUGAUGUUGGUGGUCAAAGAUCUGAAAGAAAAAAAUGGAUACAUUGUUUCGAAGGUGUUACUGCAAUCAUCUUCUGCGUCGCUCUGAGCGGCUAUGAUCUGGUGUUAGCAGAAGACGAGGAAAUGAAUCGAAUGAUAGAAUCGAUGAAAUUAUUCGAUUCGAUUUGCAAUAGCAAGUGGUUCGUUGAAACGUCGAUUAUACUGUUCCUGAACAAAAAAGACCUGUUUGAAGAAAAGAUCACUAGGAGCCCGCUCACCAUCUGCUUUCCAGAGUACAAAGGCGCCAACACUUACGAAGAAUGUGCCUCCUAUAUUCAAAUGAAGUUUGAAAAUCUGAACAAGAGGAAGGAUCAAAAACAGAUCUAUACACAUUUCACGUGCGCCACAGACACAUCCAAUAUACAAUUUGUGUUUGACGCCGUAACCGACGUAAUAAUCAAGAAUAACUUGAGUAAUUGCGGUUUACUAAGUUAAACAUUCCAAUACUCGAUCAGCAAACUAUCGAAAAAAAGAAUGUAUUUUAUACGUUUAAUGCGUUGACGUUAGUUUUUGUGAAUGCACGGGAGAAUGACAAAGAGACUGAUCGAAAGUUCUAAGAAAAGCAUAUCUGUAAACACAAAUACAUAUUAACUAUGCAAGAAUUUUAUUCAUGCAUAUACAUACACUUGAAAUAUUUUAUCGCGGUAUCAUUAUGUAACUCUUUACUCGAUCCUGUAGUCUAAUGAAUUAUCCUUUGUAAAAAAAAA